AUGAACUCCUUCACUCAAUAGACGAACACGUGGAGCAAUCAUAUACCACCUCAUUUGAUUCAAUCUCUCUGUUCGCACGCUCGGAAGGCUCCCUUGCUUGUUUAGGGGCAUUGGGACAAGGAAAGGCGCUCGUACACGAUGACGACACAUCCAACACAGAAGCUGCUGCAAAUCUGCAACAAUUUCAAAUAAAGCUUCUCAGCUCCCAGAGAGAGAAUGUUAUACUUCGAGAACCAAUACCUUUGGCUCCCUACUGUCGCAUGACUUUGCUGGAAUGAAUGGGGCGGAUCAAAGCACAGCAUUUCCCCAGACACUGAGGAACAGCACACUCGGCACAUACGAAACUGAGCUCGGUAGGCAAUUCAAGACGUCGAAACUACUGGAUCGCGAAUUACAGAAGUCCUUUAUUCGACAUGACUCAACUCUAGGCCCGUUCGACAGAUGGAGAAACCCCCCCCCGAAGCUUGAAGCUGCAUCACUGGAAGAUAUCAUGAACGCAGUGGCAACUAGCGAGCAAAAUGAGUUACAGGGUAUACUUCCGCCUGCUGUCGUCAUCCCGCAGGGGCAGCACGAUGCGCAGUCCCAGACUUCCUCACAAGCGUCCGGGUCAGGCGUUUCCAGUCAUUCCGAAUCAUCGGCCUACAGCUUCGCAUCGAAAAACUCCCAAGGCUCGUUCAUCCAAUUCCAUAGCGGCCAAUCGCGCCGUCGGCGCCGGCGCCGAACGAAACCCACAAGCGCGGCCACCAAGCCUAAGAAAAGCUCCACUCGAAAACGAAUAUUCCAGUGCACGUUCUGCACGGAUGCUUUUGCAACGAAGUACGACUAGACGCAGCAUGAGAAAACACUGCACUUGUCGCUGGAAAGCUACACCUGCUGUCCCUUCGACGCAACGUACAGUGACCCAAUAACCGGCAGUCAACGGUGCGCAUUCUGCGAUGAGGAAAGCCCA